GGACACUUAUAAAAUAAAUUUAUUAUCAAUGUCAAAGGACGCCAAGCCAAAGGUAUCUCCAUUCAUGAACGCAAUUAUUGGAGGAAUUACUGGAGCUAUUGAGAUCUCAAUCACUUACCCAACCGAGUACACUAAGACUGUCAUGCAAUUGUACCCAGAAAUGAACAAAAAGGGAGCAAUCGCCGUUGUCAAAGAGAACAUGGCUAAAGGAGGAUAUUUCAGACUCUAUAAAGGAUAUUCCGCACUUCUCUUGUUCUCAGUGCCAAAGAACUAUGUCAGAUUUGGUGCAUUCUCAUAUGCCAGAACUCACUUCUUCCCAGAUACCAAAAAGAAGUUGCAUACUUUCGCAUGUGGUCUCCUAGCAGGAGCUUCUGAAGCUUUGUUUGUGGUUACUCCUCAGGAGACCCUCAAGACUAAGCUGAUCCACGAUAUGCUCAGUGAAAAUCCAAAGUAUAGAAACGUGUUCCACGGUAUCUACAGUAUUGCCAAGACUCAAGGAUUCUGGGGAGUCUAUGCUGGACCCUUGGCCACUGUCUUCAAGCAAUCAACCAAUCAAGGAGUGAGGUUUGUGGUCUUCGAGGACGCACAAAAAGUCAUGAACAACAUUAUCCCAAUCAAAGUAGUUGCAGACUUGACUGCAGGAGCCAUUGCCGGAACUGCCAGUGUUUUGGUAAACAACCCAAUCGACGUUAUCAAGACCAAUCUCCAAGGACUUGAGGCUCAUAAAUACAAAGGAUUAAUGGACUGCUUCGGUCAAAUCAUGCAAAAGGAAGGACCAAUGGGAUUCUACAAAGGUGUUGGACCAAGAUUAGCCAGAGUCACUCUCGAUGUCGGUCUCACAUUCGCCAUCUUCAAUUCUUUGAAGAGAAAGCUCAUCCAGCUGGUAUCUAAGGAGUAAGCAGGGACACUAUUAGUUCAUUAAUGGCCUU